AUGUAUUUCCUCAAGCACAUCGCAACUGUCCUCCCAGUCCUCCUCCUGAGUACUGCUGGUGUUCAGGCUAAGUGCACUGAGGAGAGUAUCGGAACUCCAGGCUUCAACGGUGGUAAUUGCAACCCUGGAAAAACUUUAUGUGGCGCUGGGCAAACUGGUGGUUACAGCAUCAGAUGUUGCGAUAAUCCUGGCUGCAACUAA